AUGACUCCAAUGCUUCAGCUGGGGAGUGUUCUUUACUCUAAGGGGUUCUCCAUCGUAGUUGCACACUCUGAAUUCAGACCUCCCAAUCCUCUGAACCAUCCUGAAUUCAUCUUUCACCCCUUGUCGGACGGUUUAUCUGGUUAUCAGGCCUGUAUCGACAAUUUAAUGCAUCUCAUAUUAGCUAUCAACAGCAACUGCAGAGCACCUAUGGAGGACUACAUGGUUCAACUCAUGGAAGAUCAGAAGCUGCAGGGCCACCAGGUUUCUUGUAUCAUAUAUGAUUCCCACUUGUGCUUUGUUGAUUCGGUUGCUACUCAUCUAAAUAUUCCAGGCAUUAUUUUAAGGCCUGAUAUGGCUGUUUACAUGCUAGCUUUUCGCUACAUCUGUCAACUUGAAGCAGAAAAUCGUAUUCCUUUUCCAGAGUCCAGGCUGCAGGACCCUGUACCAGAGCUCCAUCCUUUGAGGUUUAAGGAUUUACCGCAUCCAAUUACUAAAGAAAUACCCGAAUGGAUUAUGGAUUUCUUCGUUUCUUCAGUUAAUAUACGCUCUUCUGUGGCCAUCAUUUUGAAUACAACAGAUUGUCUUGAGCAUUCAACCUUAUCACGGCUUCAGCAAUGUUACAAAGUCCCAUGCUUCCGAAUUGCGCCUCUCCACAAGUUGGGAGCUGCAGCCACAUCUACAAGCUUCCUGGAAGAGGACCAAAGUUGCAUUGCUUGGCUCGAAAAGCAACCUCCAAAUUCAGUGCUCUAUGUAAGCUUGGGCAGCCUAGCAUGCGUAAAUGAACAAGAGCUAACAGAAACAGCUUGGGGCCUGGCAAACAGUGGCAUUCCAUUUAUAUGGGUUCUUAGAUCAGAUUCUAUGGAUGGAUCUCAGUUGGAAGAUCACUUUCCUGAGGGCGUCAUAGCAUUACUAGGAGAAAGAGGCUUAAUAGUCAAAUGGGCACCUCAGAAAAAAGUUUUGGCACAUAGGGCUGUGGGGGGGUUUUGGAGCCACUGUGGCUGGAAUUCAACAAUAGAAAGCAUCUGCGAAGGCGUUCCAAUGAUUUGCAGACCACAUUUUGCAGACCAAUUAUCAAAUGCAAGAUACUUGACUUAUGAAUGGAAGGUAGGCCUGGAAAUUGAGAAUGUGCUGGAUAGAGGGAGCAUUGAGAAAUCUAUAAGACGACUAAUGGUUGAUGCAGAAGGCAAAGAAAUGAGGCAAAGAAUGUCAGUGAUGAAAGAUAAACUAGAAGCUGGUUUGCAGAAAGGUGGUUCUUCUUAUGAGUCCUUGAAUGAAUUGACAGAGUUUAUCUCCCAACUUCCAAGCAUGGUUCAAGAAGGUAAAGUUGAUGAUCCAGCAACCUCAGUCAGUAAAAAUUUAAUCCAGUUUGAAGGGCUCAAAAAUUUGGUUUAGUUCUUGGGGUGCCCAAAGUGGCAGGCUGAAUUUGCAUAUUAAGGUUUCAUUUCGUCUCAACUUCGAAUUUCAGAAUCAAAUUUGUUUUGGCUACCUCCUUUGUUCCAGUAAUUUUGACAUUUUGGAAAUGUGAUAUAUAAUCCGAGUUUUGUUCCUUU